GUUCGAUUCCACAAUGGGGUAAACAUUAAUUUCUUCCCAACAAUUCCUGGUACAGAAUUGAAUUGUACACAUAAAAGGCAAAGCAUUACUAUUAUGUAAACACACACACACACACACACAUAGAGAGAGAGAUUUAAGCUCAAUGUAAAGGGAGAAGCAAUUCAUCUCAUCUCCUCUCCUUAUUUACUCACUCUUCCACCCUCUGUAAAAAGUGCAUGUUUGUAGUCACUUUCUUGAAAUAAAAACAGACAAAACUCCACUCCAAUAUUCUCCGAGACAACAAUGGCCAAAAGCAGAAAGCAGAGCAGAGAGAAAAAAAAACAGGAAGAAUAUGAGAAACCCCAUUCAUGGGCAGCUGUUCGAAGCCUCUUCACCUGCAAGUACCUCCAGGUACAACACCAGCAGCACCUGGUACACCUCCAAGAACCCAAGCCGAAAGAGAUAACAAACAGCAGCAAGAAGAUGAAGUGCUCGGGCUCCCUCUGCAGCAACACCAAAGUCAUGCAGAAGCCAGAGAUCAUCUCCGCAUCUCCCAACAAGAAGAGGGCCGCCGCCCAUCUCUCCUCCUCCGAGAGCGACGCCUCCAGCAGAUCAUUAAUCAAGGCUGCAGCCUCCCCCUCCGUCAGAAGCAUGCCCUUCAGGAAGCUCUCCGGCUGCUACGAGUGCCGGAUGGUGGUGGAUCCCGUUCUCGGCAUGACCAGAGAUCCUUCCUUGAGGGCUACCAUCUCUUCUUGCCCACAAUGUGGCCAGGUUUUCAUGAAGCCUGAGAAUUUGGAGCUGCAUCAAGCUGUUAGGCAUGCUGUGUGUGAAUUGGGAGCAGAAGACACAAGCAAGAACAUAGUGGAGAUCAUAUUCCAGUCAAGCUGGCUGAAGAAGCAGGCCCCAGUUUGCAAGAUAGAGCGCAUAUUAAAAGUCCAAAAUAGCCCCAAGACCAUCUCCAAAUUUGAGGAGUACAGAGACAGCAUCAAGGGCAAAGCCAACCCGAAGAAGCAGCAGCCGCGGUGCGCCGCCGACGGCAACGAGCUCCUCCGCUUCCACUGCACCACCCUGAUGUGCUCGCUGGGGCUCAACGGCUCCUCCAACUUGUGCAACUCCAUCCCCUCCUGCGCCGUCUGCAGCAUCAUCAGAAACGGCUUCAAACUCUCCUCCAGAGGGAUAUUCACAACUGCCACUAGUGGAAAGGCCCACGACGGAUGUCGGGACGACGGCAAGAGGGCUAUGCUGGUGUGCCGGGUCAUCGCCGGCCGGGUCAACAACAACUCCGACGCCAAUCUCGACGACUAUGACUCCGUCGCCGGACCCCUCGGACUCUAUUCCAAUUUCGAUGAGUUGUAUGUUUUUAAUCCCAAGGCUAUAUUGCCAUGUUUUGUUGUAAUCUAUACAGGUUUUUCAUCUUAGAUCAUUUCCUCUAUUUUCUUGUACAUACAACUUUUUCAAUUCUGGUUUAAUUAAUUCCUCAUAUUUCACUU